AUGCUCUCAAGAGUAACAGUCUUUCGUUCACUAUUUUCUACAGAAAAGCGUAAACUUCUUAGUAGAUAUUAUGCAAAGAAUACUGUGAAUUUGUCAGAGCCUGCUGUUCAAAGUUACUUAAAACAUUUAAUUUUGGAACAUGACAGCUUGUACUCGAAAUCUCAGAGAACGCCAGAAGAAGCGAAACGCUUACUUGAAAUAAAACCUAUUGUGAGUGUUCUGGAACAGAGAAUCGCUCUAUUUGAUAGUAUUGAGUCUCUCAAAGAACUUAAUAAAAAAGAAAAUGAUCAGGAGAUAACGAAAAUGAUUAAAGAGGAAGCUGGAGUGUACUUAAAACGCAUCAAAGAGGUAGAUUCUGAUCUCCAGAGCGUCCUAAUAGAACCAGGAUUCACUGAAGGUGGUGUAUUGUUAGAGGUAACAGCAGGCGCUGGUGGUCAGGAAGCCAUGUUAUUUGCAAGAGAGCUUUUCGAUAUGUACCAAUCAUAUGCUAAUUACAAAAACUGGCAAAUUGACAUUGCUUCCAUUGAAGCAUCAGACCUAGGGGGUAUCAGAAAGGGUUCACUCCUAGUCCAUGGCUAUGGUGUGCCUGAACUUAUGAAAAUUGAGGCAGGUGUUCACCGUGUUCAAAGAAUUCCAUCCACUGAGAGAGGUGGACGAAUUCAUACAAGUACUGUGUCCGUUGCUGUUCUUCCUCAGCCUACUGAGAUAGAAGUUAAUAUUGCUGAUCGUGAUGUUGUAAUAGAAACAAAGCGAGCCAGUGGAGCUGGAGGACAACAUGUAAACACAACAGAUAGUGCAGUACGUAUUGUUCACUUACCUACGGGAACAGUAGUAGAAUGCCAAGAAGGAAGGUCGCAAAUAAAAAAUAAACAAAUUGCAUUGCAAAAAUUAAGAGUGCUGCUGUUAGAAAAACAAUUGGAAGAGCAAUCCUCGAAGAUACAGAAUGAAAGAAAGUCACAGAUUGGCUCCAGCAAUAGAAACGAGAAGAUCCGUACUUACAACUACCCACAGGAUCGAGUGACAGAGCACCGCGAUGGUGGAAGCACUAUACAUAACCUGAAGGGAUUUAUGGAGGGGGGUGAAGCAUUAGAAAAGAUGCAGGAAGAUCUUCUUAGCCAUCAAAAGCAUGAAAUGUUCAUGAAGGGAGUUGAAGAAUUUGUAUCAAAACAUAAAGUGGAAACAAUAAGCUAA